AUGAAGCCGAAAAAGUUGCGACAGCGAACACUAAUUAAUAAACAGAGUGAUGUCGCUGUUGUUCUUGUCGGCAUUAUCUCGCAAUACUCAAAUUUUUACAUAACAAAACCACAAAAGAAAACAUCUAUUACUCGCUCCCUUUUUCGCAUCCACAAAAUCGACUUCGGCCAGGACGACAUCAUUGAUGUCCUAGAGUUUGUCCGUCGGCGCGAAACAGAACUAAUCGCCGAAGAAGUCCGUAAGGGUCUCAAUGAGUUCACUGCAAAACGAAGAAUGCAAGAAUCAAAAAGAUGGGAAAUAGUUCAUUUGCUGAUGGACAUUGGCCAUCGGUUUGGUUGGGAUGUCGAAACAACACGAGAGGAAAAUUGUGGGUUCUCGGGUGACACGUAUUUGGUGCAAAAUGUGAGAGGAAAGCGGAUCGAAAUUGAUAAAAUCACACAAAUUGCUGACAACAUUAGAACUUACGUUUACCAGAAAUUGGGAGGUGAUAAAGAAGUGAUUAUAGAGAGGGGAGAGUUGGAGAAGUUUGUGAAUGUUUUAGAGUGA